UCAUGACCUCUCCCCUGACAGCCACUCCCUCUAGUAUAAGGGCCACCUGCGACCUGCCACCAUUCCACUGCCCCUCUCUUCUCUCAGGACAAGCUAUCAGCUCAGACUCUCAAGAUGGCCUUUGUCCCAGCGCCGGGAUACCAGCCCACCUACAAUCCGACCCUGCCCUACAAGAGGCCCAUUCCGGGUGGCCUCAGUGUUGGAAUGUCUAUUUACAUCCAAGGAGUAGCCAAAGAGAAGAUGAAACGGUUCCAUGUGAACUUCUCUGUGGGGCAGGAUGAGGGGGCAGACAUCGCUUUUCACUUCAACCCCCGCUUUGAUGGCUGGGACAAGGUGGUCUUCAACACAAAGCAGAGCGGACAGUGGGGCUCAGAGGAGAAGAAGAAGAGCAUGCCUUUCAAGAGGGGCAGCCACUUCGAGCUGGUGUUCAUGGUCAUGCCUGAGCACUUCAAGGUCGUGGUAAAUGGAAAUCCCUUCUAUGAAUAUGGGCACCGACUGCCUCUACAGAUGGUCACCCAUCUGGAUGUGGAUGGAGACUUGGAACUUCAGUCCAUCAACUUCCUUGGAGGCCAGCAAUCCGCCCCAGCCCAGUAUCCGAGACCUAUGGGUGUGCCGGCUUACCCUGGUCCUGGAUACAACCCUCCACAGAUGAACAGCCUGCCUGUCAUGGCGGGACCCCCAACCUUCAAUCCGCCUGUGCCUUAUGUGGGGACCCUACAAGGGGGACUUACAGCCAGAAGAACCAUCGUAGUCAAGGGCUAUAUCCCUCCCACAGCCAGGAAUUUUAUCAUCAACUUCAAGGUGGGGUCCUCUGGGGACAUAGCUCUCCACAUCAACCCCCGCAUGGGUGAGGCCGUGGUUCGCAACAGCUUUAUGAACGGCUCCUGGGGCUCCGAGGAGAGGAAGGUUGCCUACAACCCCUUUGUCCCUGGACAGUUCUUUGACCUCUCAAUCCGUUGCGGCACCGAUCGAUUCAAGGUGUUUGCUAACGGCCAGCACCUUUUCGACUACUCGCAUCGGUUCCAAGCAUUCCAUAGGAUAGACACGCUGGAGAUCAAAGGUGACAUCACCUUGUCCUACGUCCAGAUCUGAGCUCCACCUGGGAAAGAGGAAAGAAGCCCCUAGUUCCAUCUCAGCCCCUAAUAAAAUGCCUAAGGGA